AUGUCCGUGAACAGGCUUUCGUCUUUCCUGGGCCGUCGCCCUAGUGCAUCAACAACUGGUGUCGCGAAUGGUACAGCGACAGAGACCUCUCCCACCAACGGUGCCUCGGGCGAUCCCAAAAUCUUGAAAGACUUCCGCGAGCAGAUCAAGAGAGGGGUGCCCUUCAGCCUAGAGACGUCUUCUCUGGCCGCAAUUCUCGAUCUUAUAAGGCAUAAGGAUGCGAUUGAUGACAGGAAAUUGCUGCUUGAGCACGCCCUCACGUUCGUCUCUCGGUUGGAGGAGGGUGAUCUCUCACGCAAACUGAAAAAUGGGAUCAUUGAACUUUUGUACAAUGACCUUACGCACCCAGCUGCGACCAGCAUCAGCAAUAAAUAUGCCUGGCGAACUGCAGACGGAUCCUACAACAACAUUGACGUUCCUGAUAUGGGCAAGGCUGGGACACCUUACUCUCGGUCGGUGCAGCAAUCCAACCCUUUGCCUAAGAAUCAAUUGCCGGACCCUGGUCUCGUGUUCGAUACGCUUCUGAAGCGUGAAGGAUUUGUCAAGCACCCCGGCGGACUUUCCUCCCUCAUGUUCUCGUUCGCUGCACUCGUCAUUCACAGCGUUUUUCGGACUUCCCAUCGUGACAUCAAUAUCAAUGAAACCUCUUCCUAUGUUGACCUCGCUCCUCUUUACGGGAAUAAUGUUGAAGACCAGAAUCGAAUCCGGGUGCGCGAUGGCCGUGGUCGUCUUCAUCCUGAUGUUUUCGCGGAGGACCGACUGCUCUUGCUCCCUCCUCAAGUUUGCGUCCUCUUGGUACUCUUCAGUCGCAAUCACAACUACAUUGUGGAACGUCUUCUGGAAAUCAACGAACGAGGAACUUACGUUGAUCCUGAUCAACUUUCGCCCGAUGAUCCUGCUCAAAAAGCCCAGCUUCUGGCGCAGGAAGAAGAGCUUUUCCAGACUGGUCGGCUCAUCAAUUGUGGCUGGUUUGGUUCAGUCGUCUUCUCUGAUUAUUUCUCCUGCAUCUUGGGACUUGUAAGGGACGGCAAUAACUGGAGUUUGAGUCCCUUUGGAGAAAUCAGAAAAGACGAUCAUUCGCUUUUCGAGCGGGGUAAAGGUAACGUAUGCAGUGUUGAGUUCAACUGCUUGUAUCGCUGGCACGCGACCACUAGCUUAGAAGACGAGGCAUGGGUCCACAAGGCUUUUUCCCAGAUAUUCGGAGGCAAGCCAAUCGACCAGAUCACACCGGAAGAUUUCAGGAAUGCAGCAAAGAGGUUGGAGCAGGUCCAACCUGAUGUCACUCACUGGACUUUCGGAGGCUUGCAGCGACAAGAAAAUGGAAGGUUCAAGGACUCUGAUCUCGCUGAUGUUCUAAAAAACGCUACUGAACACUCUGCAGGUGCAUUCCGAGCCCGCGGAACGCCUGCUGCCAUGCGUUUGAAUGAAGUUAUGGGUAUUGAGCAAAACAGGCGAUGGGGCGUGUGUUCUCUGAAUGAUUUCAGAAAGUACCUGGGCCUUAAGCCCUAUGCCACAUUCCUUGAAUGGAACUCGGACCCCGAGAUUGCAGACAGUGCUGAAAAGCUCUACGGAGACAUCAACUUCCUCGAGCUCUACGUCGGUUUACAGGCAGAGGAGGCCAAGCCUUUGGUUGAAGGUGCUGGUCUGUGCCCUGGUUACACUAUCAGUCGUGCCAUCCUCAGUGACGCUAUCGCCCUCACUCGUGGCGACAGGUACUUCACUCACGACUUUACGCCUUUCAAUCUUACUGCCUGGGGAUUCGCUGAUUGUCAAAGAGAUCCCAACGCUUUUGGAUUUGGAAGCACACUCGGCAGGCUUUUCCUCCGCACUCUGCCAAAUGACUACACUGAGAAUAGUGUCUACACGUUCUUCCCCUUGAUGACACCCGAAUCAAUGAAAACUAACUUGACGAAGUUGAACCUGCUCGACAAAUAUGAUCUGUCGAGGCCGCAAACGCGAACCCCGCUCAAAAUUGUCAGCGAUCAUACCGAGGUGGUGAAACUUUUGAAGGACAAAGAAAGUACUUCUAAACCAUACGCUGCGAGGGUUGCCAGGGUAAUUAAGGGUAAAGGAUUUUUCCCUGCGGAGGGCGGUAAGGAACAAGAAGCGGUCACCACUGCCUUGAGUGGCUCACCGGAGUUGGUGGACGACAUUGGCAAAUACUUUUACGAGACAACAAAGAAGCUUAUCGUCGACAACUCAUUCACCCUCGUUGGCGGGAAGGUUGCUGGUGUCGAUCUUGUGAAACACGUCCUCAGAGUUGUUCCCGUCCUAUGGGUCGCCACCGAUCUUGCGGGCAUAGAACUGAAAACCAAGAGCCACCCCCAUGGACCUUACACACCUAGCGAACUCUUCGAUGUUCUUGGCGAAAUUUAUGCAUUUGUCUUCCUCGAUGUAGAACUUGCGAAGGUUAUGGUCUUACAAGAAAGUAUCAAGUCCCAUGUCAAGAAGUUGUUGCGCCUCAUCAAGGGUGGCUUAGACGGGGGUGCUGGUAACAGGCUUUCAAUUGCUGGCAUCGUUGAGACCGUCUCGUCCCUAUUCUCUAAACCCAAGAAGUCCGACCACUCCGUCUUGAUGAAGCGACUUCACGAACUAGGGCAAUCCCAUGACCAGCUUGCCAACACUGUCCUCGCCCUAAUGGUCGGAGCAAGUGUUGAGCUGUCCCUCAGUUUGACAAACAUGGUCAAUUUGUACCUUGGGUCGGACAAGCAAGCACAGAUUACUGCCCUCGCCAAGAACCCAGAUUCUUCUUUGAAAGGUUACGUGUACGAAGCUCUUCGAAUUGACCCACCCUUCGAAGGUGUCUACCGCAUCUCAACCAAGGAUCAAACCAUCGCUGGGCAAACCGUGAACAAGAAUGACCGCAUUUUUGUGGACAUUGGCACGGCUAACCUAAACGAGAAGGUGUUCCCCCACCCUGUAGCCGUGGACAUCUCUCGUUCGACGAAAGAGGCUCUUUUCGCCGAGGGUGUGUUUGAGUAUCUUGGGGAACAUUUGACUGUCAAGGUAAUGGGUGAGGUGUUACGCGCUGUCUUCGACCUCAACAACGUUUCGCGAGCCCCUGGUCAAUCGGGAGUGCUGAAACGGUUUAAGGUGCACACCCGACCUGAAUGUCGUUACGGAUACCUCAACCACAGUCAAAUUGCUUAUGAAUGGCCCACGUCGAUGGCCAUCCAAUAUUCAAAGUGA